GUUUGCCAUCGAUCAGUCCACUCGUUUCAUAUCAUAUUUUUGUUGAAUAAAUCUCUAUUGAAUUACACAACAAUAGAUUGUUAUAACAAGUAUUUCAUUAUAAUAAGUGUUAUAUUAAAAAAAGUUUUUAAAUAUCAAUGUGUUAAAAAUAGUUUGAAAUUGUAUUGAUAGUCAAGUGAUAAACUAUUUAUAAAUUAUUAAAGUUGUGACCGAAAUACAAUUGAGACAAUGAUUCCCGAACCGGACUAUAGAGACGAUGACAACUACAAGAAUAACAAUAAUAAUGGACACAAUGGUAGUCACACAUCAUCGUUGCCGACGCCAAUGAUGAGACAUCAUCAGCGAAAUGGUUCUCCCAAUCAUAAGAUGAAUGGUAAUGGUGUACCAGUAUUGCCAAACUUGGAUGAAGAAGGACUCGUUAUUCCCCGAAAACUGGUUAAUCCGUGUCUCGAGUCUAACGAAAGGAUGAGUAUUCACAAAGAGAUGCUUUGGAAUCAAAAAGUUGGUAAGAAUGUAUUGAAUGGCAAGAAUGAGUUGCAGAAAGAGUUGGCAAAACGUAAGGACAACCAAAAGCGUAAAGAACUGGAGGCAGAAAAGCUGUCGCGUCGGUCAAGUCUUGAGAGACGUCUGGAGGAACAACAACUCAAAAUCAAACAACACGAACAGUCCAGUGCUGAACAUACCGUCACCUCAACGUCGGGCUCGUCAUCACCGGACAAACAAUCGCAAGAAUCAGAGUUUUUAAAAAUUUAUUCUAAAGUAAAAAGUGCCACAAAUUCUGAUUAUAAUAACGAUACCAAUGGUUGCGCUCCACAUCCCAACUCUUCACUGACUAAUCCAAAGGCCACAUCCAAGACAUGAACACAUAGUUGAUUGCAAAAUACAUAUUUAAAAAAUUAAUUAGUUUUAUGAUUGAUGAAUAUGUAGUUUUUGUUUUAUAUAGUAUUUAACUUUUUAUUAAUUAAUUUUAAUAUAUCUUAUAUAUGCA